AUAAUUAAUUAAUACAUAAUACAUAAUUAUUACAUAAGGUUUCAAUUAUGGACCCUGUUGGGCACAGCAAGUAGGAGAGAGGAGGACAACACUUUUUUCACUUUCUAAAUAGUAUAUCACGAUAAGGUAGAUUCAAGACCCACAAAAAUAAAAAUAUAGAAUAUCACCAUGCCUCCCUAACCAUGACGUUAGCAGAAUCACUAAUUAAAAUUAAUGACAGCCAUUUAAAUUGAAAGUAGAAGCAGGAAAAGAAAUAUUUUUUCUCUUAAUUGUUAUACCUAUCUCCAUUUUCACUCUCAAUUAUCUACGCAUGUUGGUUCUGUAUGUGAAUAUAUCUUAUUCUAAGUUAUUUGUUGGUAUGAUGUUCAUCUCAUAAACAUUGCUAAUAAAUACUAUUUCAUUGAAUAAAUACAGUUAAUAAAAUUAAUAAAAAAUAUUUCCAAAAUUAUGGAUGUGACUGGACGUAGUUUCCGAUUAUUUAACCGGCUUCUACGAAGACCUAUUGGUAUAGCGAAUCUAAAGAAUGUUAAUUGCCCUGCAGUUAAAGAUGAAGUUAACACAGAGCUUCUGAAUUCAUUCAAUCAAGAUAUAAAAGCGGGUGGUGUGGUUCCAGUGUUCCGUCAUGCUCUCUUAUUUCCCACAAGAGUUGCAUUACAAGAUGAUGUCGGUAUUUACACAUAUGCCGGCUUGUACCAAGCUGCUGCGGCGCUCAGCAAUGAGAUUGCUACACAACUUGUGGGAGAAACAGAGCGCACAAUAUGCUACAUGUGCAGUAACGACGCGUCACACGUCAUCGUCCAGUGGGCCAUAUGGAUGACAGGCAACAUUGCUGUCCCCUUAACCCCUCUACAUCCGCCAGAAAUGCUCAAGUAUUUCCUAACAGACAGUGACGCCGAUUUCACUGUCUGUACACAGGAGUAUGAGAAGAUAUUACGACCGAUAACUUCGGAAACAUCAACACCACUCCUAAUUACUGGCAAAGAUAAAGAAAUAACGGCGCAGUUGUACCAACCUGACACUUCCUUUUUAAAGCCAAAGACAGAGAAUUUGUUGACCGAUGUUGGUAGAUCCAACAUUUGGUACGGAGAUAGGGAUGCGAUGCUUAUUUAUACUAGUGGCACAACAAGCAAGCCCAAAGGCGUUGUCUGGACCCACAGCAUGCUCCAAACGCAGAUAGCGUCUCUGCACACAGCGUGGCAGUACUCAUGCAAUGAUGUCGUGUUGCACACACUCCCACUGCACCACAUACAUGGUCAACUGAACUCUAUGAACGCCUCACUGGCUGCCGGCGCCAGAAUCCGUAUGUUGGCGUCGUUCGCGUCACACGUAGUAUGGGCUCGGCUGCUCGGGAUGGGCGAGCGGGAUGAUGCCCGACCGACUGUGUUUCACGGCGUGCCGGCGAUGUACGCACGCCUCGUCGCCGACUACGAGCGAAUGUUCGCGGACGCUCGCACCGCGCAGUACGUUCGCGCUGCGCUCGCUCGUAUGCGACUGUUCGCAGCCGGCUCCGCCCCGCUACCAGAUAAACUGUUCUACAAGUGGGAAGAGAUAUCGGGCAUGCGUUUACUGGAACGUUACGGCAUGAGUGAAGCGGGUAUGGCGCUGAGCAACCCGUACAGGCCGGCGACGUCCCGCACGCCGGGCCACGUGGGGCGCCCUCUGCCGGGCAUGGCGGCGCGCAUCGUAGGCCCCGACCUGCGGCCGCUGCUUACCGUCGAGUGUCCCGUACCCGCAACCGACGCCCACAUAUCUCUCGAACGUCUCGGCUUGAUCACCAAAGAGAACCAAUCCAAUUCUGAACAAUCCGAGUGGCAGCCUCCAACAGUGACCGUGCACGAGCCGAGCGAAGACGACACCUACCAAGGUGAACUGCUUCUGAAGGGCCCGGGAGUGUUCACCAGGUAUUGGAAUCGUGCGCCGAAGCUCGACUCACCAGAUUUCACCAAAGACGACUGGUUCCGUACCGGCGACACGGUUCUCUACGCGGACGGUAAAUUCAGAAUCCUAGGCCGAACCUCUGUAGACAUAAUCAAAACCAGUGGCUACAAGGUCAGCGCUUUGCAAGUCGAGUCCGCCAUUUUGGAGCACCCUAGCAUCUCAGAUGUAGCUGUCCUAGGCAUUGAGGAUGAAGACUACGGUGAGAUAGUUGCGGCCGUUGUUGUAUUGAAGGAAAACACUAAGCUCACCCUAAAAGAGUUGAAAGACGAAACCGGCAAGAAACUGGCUCCCUACCAACUACCCAGGACUUUGUUAAUUAUACAGCAAAUGCCUAGGAACGCUAUGGGUAAACUGGAUAAGAAAGAAAUAAGAAAGUUGUACGGAAAAGAUUUAGGGUUGAAAAAAGGAGAGAGGAAAUAAUUUAUUUUUUUUUAUUUUAAAACUAAAGGUAGACUGCAAAAGUUGCUUGGGUACCUCUUUUCUACUCGUGCUUUAUAGCCAAGCAGUUAUGCUUGCAAGGUUGUGUUUCGGUUUGAAGGCUGGUUUAUGGUAGUGAAAUUAGAAAAUAAUAAGGCAUCCUUAGUUUUCGGCAAUGGCAACACAUGAGGGGUACUAUGGGCAUAAUAGUGCAGUCUGUAUUGUCUAUGGUACUGUUUUGUGUAGGCGAUGGUUGCGACUUUCAGUGGAUAGGUCAUCAACAUCUUUGCCAUUCUAAAUUGUAUAAAGUAAGUUUUUUUUUUUAAGGUGCAGGUUGUGUAUCGUGUUACUAUAAAAGGCCAUAAUAUUUUUCGUUAGUAAAGCAAACAUUUAAUUUUGCCAUUUUGUUCUAUUAUUUAGGAGUACUUAAUUGCGCGUUGAUUAUAAAUUAUUUGUAAUAUUUAUUUAUUUACAAUUAUAAUUAAUCUAGUGCGCUCCCCACGCACACUUCAAUGCCGUUAAAGUUUCUUUGUUGGCUAUGAUUGAGUGCUAACUCUGACCAAUUUAGCACGGGAAUGGCUUCCCACGAGGCUGUGGACUCCAAUUAAUAUUGAAGACAAGAAUAUUUGAACUUAAGUAACAAAAAGGCAAGAUUGAAUAAAAUAAUUUUAAUUUCCGGCCAGGAUAUUAAAAACCUUCGCUCGCCAUUUUACGGAUAUAUAUAUUAAUACAUUUUUUUAAUGAUAACAGUACAGUUGGUUAUGAUUUUAGCAGCAUACGUAUGUGAGUUUGUUCAUCAGGUCUCUCCUAUCUCCUAAACUGUUUGCCCAUUGUACUUUGCAAAUAAUGUAUUUUUCAAUAUAUCUAUAGACACUGCAUUUUAGAGUAGGUAAACCUUGAUACGAGUACAUUCCAAAUAUGUUUACCGAAAGGGAAGACUUUAUAUGUGUGUGUGCAUGUGUGCGUACGUGCAUGCAUGUAUGUGUGUAUAUGUGCGUGUGUUAAAUUUGAUUUUGUCCAAAAAGAUACUUAUGCUUAUUUGUAGACACAAGUUUUAACUUUCUCUAGUUUUAUUGAUUGGUAUAAUUGACUGUACUGUCAUUAUAAAAGCCCUACAACAUGACUCAAAGGUAGAGUUUUUAUUUUCUGGCCGAAGUUUAAAAAAUAUGUAUGUAAUGAAUGUGUAGAGUUUUCGCUUAUAUAUAUAUAUAUAUAUAUAUAUAUAUAUAUAUAUAUAUAUAUAUAUAUAUAUAUAUAUAUAUUGUUGUUUUUAUCUUACCACUGAUAAACUCAUGUCACUUCCAGUCGGUGGACGAUAUUAGCCUACCAUUACCACGUUCGCUAGCCAACUUGGUAUAUAGUUUUAAUUAGAGUUUUCCAUUGGCAUAGUCAUUUAAGAUUAUUUUCCUUAAAAGGUCGUAUAUCAGACAUGUCUUUGUGAAGCUUCGCUCAGAUCCUGGGUUGAGCACGCCUCUUAAAUUAGGCAUUGGUAAUAUGGAUUCCGAUCCGAUAUCUAUAUAUUGGGUUCUUCUGGAUAUUGAUGGCGGAAAAAAUUUUAUCACCCAUUUCGAUCGGAUAUUCGAAUAUGUUAUUUUUUGGAUAACAAACUUUUAGUAUAUUCGUUAUUGAACCAGUAUAUAAAUAUUGUAACUAAAAUAUAUAGAUAUUGCUAUAUAUUACUCACCUUUAAAUACAACUAUGGUGCUUUCUUUUGUAAUGGCAUAUGGCUUUGUUACCUUACAUCUUGCUACAUUCUGACUAUGGAACAUCCAUCCAUCACCAUAGAAUGUGACUAUGGUGGUAUUAAUAAAAACUAAUAAUGUUUAUAUUUAAUUUAAAAUAUCACAAACUCAUAAUUUCGCAUUUAUUAUUGUUUAAUUUCUUUUUCUUUUUUUUUUUGGUGAUAAAUCAUUACUGUUGUAACAAAAAUAAGUGUGUUUUAUUAUUAAGAAAAUUAUGUUCCUUUAUGAGUUAUGAACAAAAUUAACUUUUGUUAUUUUAAAUUGUUAUUGUUUUAUAAUAAUAAUAUAGUUGUUUGUUAUUUUUUACCUUAAAAGUUAUGAACUGUGUGUGAUUUGAAUAGUCUUGUUUUAUUUAUUGAUUUUAUAUAUUUAUAAUUGAAGAAUUUGUAUUUUCCAUUUAUGUGCAAUUAGACAUUUGGCAAUUUGUUAUUUAAAAAUUAUUAUAGAAAUGUUAUUAAAUUAUUAUUAUGUGAUUAAACAAAUUUCGAAGCGGACGAGUUUGAAUGGCGUAGCAUUGAAUACUCAAAAUAUUAUAAUAAUGUUAUAUUUCGUUUAUUUAAUGAACAAUGAAUUUUAUUCACAAACGAGUUAAUUUCAUCAAAAUCUACUAAAGAUCAACUUAACGUAAAUUACGCGGCACGUAUACCUUGUUACAGUUCAGAUAAUACUUAUUGCGUAAUAUUGUAACGCCAAGUAAGUGCCUUGUCUAGUCUAAUUACUGUUUGUGAGGCUUGGAAAGUUUUCAAAAUGGGUGAGUGCUUCUAAAUUUGAAAUUUUAAUAUUUACUAUUACAUUAUUUAAUCUAUAUAAUUAAGUAAUUAUAUGAAGCCUUUUAUUAAUUUCAUUAACAGCGUAAAUUGCGUGAAAUGUUUGAUUUACACAAUCGGUAAUUUAUAUAAUUUAUAUUUUCCUUCAUAACAUAAAACUAUGAUCACUUAUGUACAAUAUAUAUGUUGAAUAAAAAGUUGUUAUUAAUUA